AUUAUCGGUUCCGGCUGCAAAAAUCAGAUGUUCAGGAUCCUUGAAAUUGAUCAGAAUAAAAUAAUACCACCUUGUGAUGAUGUGAAAAUGUCAUGCUCCAGAUAAUCACAAUAGGAUUAUAAGGAGAAAUGUCGUGUGAAAAUAGCAUGGAUGAGAAGGAGGAGGAGACCGCCACUGUUUGGGCACUUUUCAAAACCAAUUUCUCCUAUAUUUUUCGUGAAGACUAUCAUGGUGAAGAUGUCAAGAAAAUAACCAAUGUUUUGAAAAAUCUGUGCUGUGUGCAGUCUCAAACAGCACUGUUUGUUCCUUCAAAACAGAAAGAUGAAACCGAAUCUGAUUUCAAAAAACGAUUUCUUGUGCGAAUAGCUCAAGUUAUCUGGCUGCUGGGCCAACUGAUGCAAAUUGCCUGCCGUGAAAGAUUAUCAAAAUUGCAUCAAGUUUCUGUGGAAGCUCAAAUCAGUAUUUUGGGACUUUUAGCUGAGAAAAGUAAUGUCAUGUUCAAAGUUCUCAUAACGGAGUACAUUCAACUAUUCGAAGAUAUUUCGAACCUAAGAGAUGCAAUUGGAAAAUCGAUGGAAUUUAAAGAGCAUAAGAUUGAAAGGUUUCAUCCGAACAAUAUGGCGAUUCUGCCUCCUGAAAGCGCGUCUGAAUACAGCAGUGAAAAUUAUCCAUUCAUCAUAUCUUCUCGCGAUGAUUGCUCUCUUUUAUUGGAAAAGUUACUGCCUAUUAUUUCGUCGCAAUUGCCUAUGCUGGUGAACUGUUCAGAGCCGAUACCGCUGCUCUGUGAUUUGAUUGAAAGGUCACUGCAAGAUGAUUCCAAGAUUGUUGUAACAGAAACGGUCAAUAUGCUAGCCAAUUUGGCACAUUCCAAUGGCUUCAACUCCGAAUUGUCAAUUGUAAGUAAUAUCUUCAAUAUUUUUAUACUACUUUUAAUAGCAAAUUAGCAACCAUUUAAUUGC